UUAUUGACUAUCGAUGUAUCGUCGUACAUGUGUUACGAACCGCAACAACAAGUGUUGAUCGCAUUGAUCGUGUGCGAAGCGAUUGUGAUAACACGGCUGGCAAUAAAAUAAUUUAAUUUAUUAAUUAUUUACAUUAGUUAGCAGCAAGAUGUACACACGACUUUUGCAAAAUUUCGGCAACAGCGUCAGGUGCAUGGCCACAAAAGCCACACCAAAGGUAAAGCCGAUCAACAAAAUUUUAAUAUCAAAUCGAGGCGAAAUAGCAUGUCGCGUCAUCAGAACUGCUCGCAAACUGGGUGUGCGAACUGUGGCUGUCUAUUCCGAUCCCGAUGAGCACAGCCUGCACACUGAGUUGGCCGACGAAGCAUAUCGCGUUGGCGAGGCAGCGUCUUAUUUGCGUGGCGAACGAAUUCUGGAGAUCGCCAAACAGUCAGGUGCGCAAGCAAUACAUCCCGGAUAUGGCUUUCUCUCCGAGUCAGUAGAGUUUGCUGAGCUGUGUCAGAAAGAAGGUGUCAUAUUCAUGGGCCCACCCAGCUCAGCCAUACGCGAUAUGGGCAUAAAAAGCACCAGCAAGGCCAUUAUGGCAGCUGCAGGAGUGCCCAUUAUUAAUGGAUACCAUGGCGAUGACCAGUCGGACGCAUGUUUACAAGCCGAGGCUGCCAUAAUUGGCUUUCCCCUAAUGAUCAAGGCGGUGCGUGGUGGAGGCGGUAAGGGUAUGAGAAUUGCAGAGAAACCCGAAGAUUUUCUUACUGCUUUGAACUCGGCGCGCACUGAAUCCUUGAAGGCUUUUGGCGAUAGUUCAGUGCUGCUCGAGCGCUACGUGCGCUCACCCCGACACGUGGAGGUGCAAGUAUUUGCUGAUCAAUAUGGUGAUGCUGUUUAUCUAUGGGAACGCGAUUGCUCAGUGCAGCGUCGUCAUCAAAAAAUCAUUGAAGAGGCCCCAGCGCCUGGUCUAACUGAAGAAUUGCGUCGUGAGCUGGGCGAAGCUGCCGUACGCGCAGCUAAGGCCGUGGGCUAUGUAGGUGCGGGCACUGUUGAGUUUAUACUGGACAAAGAGGACUUGUCUUUUCACUUUAUGGAAAUGAAUACGCGUCUGCAAGUCGAACAUCCCAUAUCAGAGAUGAUUACCGGCACCGAUCUCGUGGAAUGGCAGAUUCGCAUUGCCGCUGGCGAACCGCUGCCGCUGACGCAGGCCCAGAUCACACGCCGCGGGCAUGCCUUUGAGGCACGCAUAUAUGCAGAGAAUCCUCGCGGUGGCUUUUUGCCUGGCGCCGGACCAUUGCGCUAUCUGAACACCCCAAAGCCAAGUGCUGAGGUGCGUGUGGAGACAGGCGUACGAGAAGGCGAUGAGGUAUCUGUACACUACGAUCCCAUGAUUGCCAAAUUGGUCGUUUGGGGCGAGAAUCGCACCCAGGCACUAAACUCGCUGAUUGCGCGCUUGGGCGAAUAUCAUAUUUCUGGUCUCGAAACAAACAUCAAUUUUCUCAUUGACUUAGCCUCGCACCCGGAGUUCCAGCUAGCCAAUGUGCACACAGGCUUCAUUGAAGAACACUUUGAUACACUCUUUCCGCCCAUAGUCGUUGAACAGCAGCAACUGAGCCAAGCCGCUCUGUCGCUGAUCUUCAAUGAGCUACAGGCUGCGAGCACCAAUGCCAGCUGUCGGCAGGAUCCUUUUGCUGCAGCAGCAAAUAUACGUCUCAAUUACGCACUAAUUCGCAGCUAUAACUUGAAGGCACAUGACAAAGUUUAUGCCGUGGAUGUAAAGUAUGAUAAUGGGAACAUCGAUAUCCGCGUCGAUGGCGGCGCUUGGCAAGUCAUUAAAGCCGAGCGCGUUCAGGAUAAUGGACGCUUGAAAAUACGCGCUAACAUUGAUAGCAACAUAUCAACCUACAGUGCCAACAUCGAUGGCGCACAUGUAACGCUAUUCUUGGAGAAUGGCAAAUUGGACUUUGAGCUGGUGCAGCCCAAAUUCCUGAGCGCUCAAGCUGAUCAGCUAGGUAGUGGCGGCUCCCGUGUGGUGGCUCCUAUGCCUGGCGUCUUGGAAAAAAUCUUGGUCAAGCCCGGAGAUAUAGUCAAGAAGGGUGACAGUCUAGCUGUGCUAAUCGCUAUGAAAAUGGAGCAUAUUUUGAAAGCACCAAAGGAUGCUACAAUCAAAUCGAUUGGCGGAGCUGUUGGUGACAAUAUGGCCAAGGGUGCGGCAGUCAUAACAUUCGUUGACGACGAUGUCAACAACUAAGGAAUCAGCUGUGAUUCAACCGAAACUUGUUGCAUUUAUUAUGUACAGAACUUUACUUGUUGCAUUUAUUUCUGUGCCCCGAAAUUGAUCGGAUCAAUUUUAAGCUAAACCACGUGCAUUUAUUAGACUUAAGCGUAGAUAUUUCCAUUUAAUGGAACUUUGUUAUAACUUGUCUCGAGGCAAUAAAUAAUACUGGGUGUAAUUAUUUUAUA